UUGACGCUCAAUCCAUGACGUCACCACAGCGGCGCCUCCAGAUGACGACAUAACUCUGCGACAAGCUUUAUUAGCUAGCUAGCUAGUGACGGCUUCUCGUAGCUAACGUCAACUCUCCGUUACCGGGACCGUCCGCAGGUGGAAUACGGAGACAGCAGGGCGUCGAGGUCUGAUUCUCCGUCACCAUGACAGACAACAAGCGCCUCGCCUUCUCCAUCAUCCAGUUCCUCCACGACCAGCUCCAGUCCGGGGGUCUGUCCUCAGGAGCUCAGGAGAGUCUGGAGGUUGCCGUCCAGUGUCUGGAGACGGCGUUCGAAGUUUCCACUGACGACCAGAGUCUCGCCGUCCCCAUGACGUUACCGGAGAUCUUUAACUCCGUCACAGCCAAGUUUCCGGCUCAGUCGCAGGUCAACAACAACUCCAGCCCGACCUCCCCGACCGAGGAGCAGAGAGCCGAGGCCGAGAGACUGAAGAGCGACGGUAACGACCAGAUGAAGGUGGAGAACUUCGCAGCAGCGGUUGAGUUUUACUCCAAGGCCAUCGCCAUCAACCCUCAGAACGCCGUCUACUACUGCAACAGAGCUGCAGCCUACAGUAAACUGGGGAACUACGCUGGAGCCGUGCAGGACUGUGAACAGGCCAUCAACAUCGACCCCAACUACAGCAAAGCCUACGGACGCAUGGGUUUGGCUCUGGCCAGUCUCAACAAACACACAGAGGCCGUCAGCUACUACAAGAAAGCGCUGGAGCUCGACCCCGACAACGACACCUACAAAACCAACCUGAAGAUCGCAGAGGAGAAGAUGGACACGUCCAGUCCGACUGCAGGAAUGGGCGGAGUGGAUCUGGCCGGUUUGCUCAGUAACCCCGGCUUCAUGAACAUGGCGUCGUCUCUGAUGAACAACCCUCAGGUCCAGCAGCUGAUGUCAGGGAUGAUGUCUGGAGCUUAUGGUGGGGUAGGAGGAGGAGGAGCUGGGGGAGGAGCUGGAGGAGGAGCUGGUGGAGGCCCCGGCGUAGGAGGAGGUCUAGCAGGAGGUCUGGGAGGAGGUCUAGGAGGAGGUCUGGGAGGAGGUCUAGGAGGAGGACCGGCUGCUGCUGCUCCAGGAGCUGGAGAUUUAUCUGGACUGAUCCAGGCAGGUCAGCAGUUCGCUCAGCAGAUGCAGCAGCAGAACCCUGAACUCAUCGAACAGCUGAGGAGUCAAAUCCGCAACCGGACGCCGAGCGCCGGCAACGAGGAGCAGCCGUGACGCUGCCACGGUUGGACGUGUUGGUGUCACUGUUUUUUUUUCUUUCUGGUCUGGAUCAUAAUAACUCAAAGGACUAAAAGGAAGCCGUGUUUUUCCAUCACUGAAUAGUUUGUGCAUGAGAGCGAUGGAGGCGAAACGCUUCCUUCAGGAGCCACGUCACCAAAAACUCCGCCCACUUCCUGCAGCUCUGUGUGGUCUUUUCGGGGGAGACAUCAAACCCACGAUGAAGCUGCACCAGGAGCCAGAAACGUCCCCUAAAAACCACACAGUCUAACUUCACAUGCAUUUAGUUGCUCCUUUUAUCUGAGCGUGUGCGAGAGAACGAGUGUCAGAUUAAUUUAGUGUAAAUGAACAAAUAUCUCCUCGGCCACAUGGAGUCGUGAGGAGCGUCAACGUUUUCCUCCUCCUGUCUGAUUCCACUGUCAAACAGAAUGUAUUAAAGCCUCCAGUUUAAAUAGC